UCCCUGUGGGGAACCUCGGGGCGCAUGGAAAUGACAGCUUCCAAGUUCAUGGACAUACAGCGGGCCAUCCAACCAGACUGGUUCCAGUGCAUAUCUGAUGGAGAUACCAUUUCUGGGGAAAGUGGUAGAAAAAGGGCCAAGAAGGCUGUGGAUAGGUCACUUUCCUUCCUGGAUGUAUGCCUUCAGCUGCUAGAAAAAUCACCGGAACUACAAAGAAGUGUAAUGUUUGGGGCAAUUGAAGGUGGAGAUAUCUUGGAAGAGAGGCUCAGAUCAGCCAGGGAGACUGCCAAGCGACCUGUGGGUGGCUUUCUGCUAGAUGGCUUCCAGGGAUGUGCCAUGGCCAAGGAGACCAAGUUGAAACUGAUAGCUUCUGUCACAGCAGAGCUGCCAGAGGAUAAACCAAGAAUCAUCCAUGGUGUAGGCAAACCAGAUGAGGUGCUUGAGUGCAUUGAAAGGGGAGUGGACAUUUUUGAGAGCUUCUUUCCCUUCCAAGUGACAGAGCGAGGCUGUGCCUUGGUUUUCAGUUAUGACUGCCAUCGAGAGCCUGAAGCAGCAGUUUUAAAACAAAGUGGGGCCCAGGACCUGGAAAAGAAUGGUGCUGAAGAAGACCAGGAUGAAAUCUCCAAACCUGAUCCAGAAAUGACACCAUUUGAGAUAUUUCUGAAGGACAAAAAAUACCAAGAAGAUUUUGGUCCUUUGCUGGAGGGAUGCACUUGUUACUGUUGUCAGAGGCAUACUCGCGCCUACGUCCAUCACCUCCUCAUGUCCAAUGAGCUGUUGGCUGGUGUCCUGCUCAUGAUGCACAACUUCCAGCACUAUUUCAGUUUCUUCAGUGCUAUACGGGAUGCCUUAAGAGACAAUAAACUGGAUCAGCUGAAGAAGCUCGUCUCCAGGCAGGCGCUUCAAGGCCCAGCAAAUGCGAAGCCAGGCCAGUGA